UUGAAGAUAAGCGGAAAUGGAAUUGGCUCGUGCAAAUGCCAUGAAAAUAAUAAUGGCUUUAACCAUUGUAGCAGUCAGCUUAUGUCUUUUAAUCAUUCCCAUAAGCGUCGAACCGGAUAGGAGUCAAGAUAUAAAGCUGUUCGAAGCCUAUGUUACGGAAUACAAAAAACCGUAUAAAUUUAAUCGAACGGAAUACGAACGGAGAUUCGAGCGAUUUCAACGAUCCCUUCGAAAGAUUGACGCUUUGAAUGGAUUGAGAAUGUCAGAACACAGUGCUCGCUAUGGUGUCACUGAGUAUUCAGAUAUGACAGAGCAAGAAUUUCUUGCUUUAAAUCUUCAUCCGGAUCUUCCAGCUCACAGUGAACGGCAUCACCAAUGUCAUUAUCAUCAUAUUCAUUCGGCUAAACGAAGUAGAAGAGCAUCGCUAAUAUUACCAAUGAAACACGAUUGGAGAGAAAAGGGGGUUGUUACUGCAAUAAAGAGCCAAGGUAAUUGUGGAGCAUGUUGGGCAUUUAGUGUUGUCGAAGUAGCCGAGUCAAUGUUUGCUAUAUCUAAUAAGACAUUAAGUGCACUUAGUAUUCAAGAGAUGAUCGAUUGCGCAGGAAAUAAUAAUUUUGGUUGCGAGGGAGGAGAUAUAUGCAGUUUGCUCGAAUGGCUGGUUAUUUCAAAAACACGAAUACUGCCGGAAGCGAAUUAUCCUCUAACCAGGAUAACCAAUGUUUGUAAAUUACAAAAGAAAAAUGUCGAGUCACAAGUGGGUAUUCAAGUAUCAGACUUCACGUGCGAUAAUUUUGUGAAUGCGGAAGAAGAGCUGUUGAAAGAACUUGUGACAAAAGGGCCAGUCGCCGCAGCAGUGAAUGCACUUUCAUGGCAAAAUUAUCUCGGUGGCAUCAUACAAUUUCAUUGUGAUGGAUCCUUUGCGAAUUUAAAUCAUGCAGUACAAAUUGUCGGAUAUGAUAAGACUGCUGAGAUUCCUUAUUAUAUUGUGAGAAAUUCUUGGGGUUCGUCAUUUGGCGACAAAGGCUAUUUGUACAUCGCAAUUGGCAAUAAUCUCUGCGGAAUAGCAAAUCAAGUUUCUGCGGUUGAUGUAGUUUAUUAAGAGGUACAAAAAGAAUUCUUUAAUAUUACAAAUUACAAACUGAGAAAUAGUAAUAACGUGAUAUUCUU